CAGAAAGUAUCACAGUACACUUGAGCAGUGAGCCAUGACAAGAUCCCUCCCAAGAAGAAGAAUAGGAAAGUUGAACCUCCUCACUCAAAAACCCUAACAAAACAAAUACAGAUUCACAUACACCAUUUCCUCUCUUUCAACCACCAACAACAACAGAAAAAAAUACUAUCAUCUCUUUCUUCCUCAUCUCCAUCUCCUUCUCCUCCUCCACCUUCAAUGAUCACAAAUAAUGAAUAAAAAAUUAACAAACAAAACCCCGAAUCUCCUCCACUAAUCCGCCCGUAAAACAAUACUCUACAUUUUUAUUUAACAAAAAAGGUUAAUUGGAAGAAAAUGAUAAGAGGAGGAGAAGCAACAGAAAGCAGUAAGUCAAGGUGCCAAGACUGCGGAAAUCAAGCCAAAAAAGACUGCGAGCAUGCGAGGUGUCGAAGCUGCUGUAAGAACCGAGGCUUCCAGUGUGAAACGCACGUGAAAAGCACGUGGAUUCCGGUUGCCAAGCGGCAGCCCAGGCACCUCUCUAUGCAGCCGCACCACCAGAUUCCGCCCCUCCUUCAUCAACAGUUGGCUCUUGCCCCAAACCCUAAAAGAUACAGACAAAUCCCUCAACUAGGGUUUGAGGAUGUGGGAUUGCCGGCGGAGGCGUGUUUUCCGGCGGUGUUCCGAUGCGUUAGAGUGAGCUCGGUGGACGAUAAUGCGGUGGGUCAUCAGUAUGCGUACCAGACGUCGGUGAGUAUCGGCGGCCAUGUUUUCACCGGAAUUUUGUAUGAUCAAGGAGCCGAACCGCAGGGAACCGGAAACUAUGUAACUGGAGAGAACUCCUCUUCUGCUGCAUUAUCAGAUCAUCCUAAUUUUGUUGCAAGAACAACUGGUACAACCUCUCCUUCAUUUGCUGCCCCUUUUUCAGCAUUUACAAACACAACUUCACACUUUUUGCACUACCCCAAAUCUUGAUUAAUUAAACCUAAAUCAAUUGGAAUA